UUAAAUUAAAGUAAGUUGUAUUGAUGAUCAUUCAUCUGCACUCUUACCUGAUCAGUUAUUUUAAUGCAGGACUUUUGCUUUUAAUGGAGUAUUUCUACAUUGUGUUAUUGCCAUUUUUACCAAAGUAAAAAGGCGAAAUACUUCUUCCACCACUGUACCCAGGGAAACUCAUUUAUUAUUUACUUUUUACUUUAUAAUUUUACCACUACGGUAGAAGGUAAAGCCUAUUUUGUAAUCAUCUAAGCUUGGUACGUACAUACAGUAUAAACUAAACCCAACUUCUCUAUAAGUUUGACGUCAUAAAUGUCACAGCGGGUUUAUUUACUGUCUGACAGUCGGCUGUUUAUUUAUCAUUCAUGUAUGAAAACACAGAAGUUUCAUUUGACGUUUUUCAUUAUUGUUAUUCACUUUCCUUGAUCUUGUGCUGUUGUUUCUUUCCAGAGAGGAAGAUGGAGGGAGAGAAAGAGACGGCCGAGGAGAAGGAGGAGGAGGAGGAGGAGGAGAAAGAGCUUCAUCAUCACAUUGCAGCGGCGUCCUCUGUGGACUACCAGGACCUUCCCAUCAUGCACUGGGAGGAACUGAGCCAGCGGAUAGCUGAGUUGGAGAAACAGGAGCAGGAGAGGAGGGAAAGGGCGAAGGUUUCCAUGGGAACAGGGCACAACGGCUGCCAUGCCGCCGGGCUGAAACAGGAAGUGGCCACGGCUCUGAGGACGCUGAGAGACCAGCUGCUGGCUGAACAGAAGGAGAAGGAGGCCGGCAGCAGCGGUGUUGCUAAGCGGAAACAUCUGGAGCGUUGGGAGUUGCAGGAGUGUUCAGUGCAGCAGCUCAGCAGCUUGAGAGCAUCACUUCAACAGGAUGUACAUGCUCUGAGCUCCGAGCUGGUGGCCCACCUGUUGGUACGGGACCAGCUGAGGACGAAGCAGGACGCCAUGCUCCUGGACGUCCAGGACCUGACCUAACACCGGGACCACAGACCGGACGAUCCACACAAACUCAACCAAGCCUUCGAGUUUUCUCCACAUUAACGUGGACAUUUGCUCAUUCUGGGACCAGGUUGAGCUGCUCGUCCACGUCAGACCAGAAGUCGUUCAAUUCAACGAAACGUUAGCCAACCUGCUAAUUUAUAGAAACUGACGAAUCUCCAGCGUGCGGAGCAACAAGAGGGAGAUAGGAGUGGAUGGUCGAGUUGAAGGAAAAUUGAAUAACCCAAAAACCCCCCAAAUGGAAAAGUUCAUAUGAGAGUACACGACAGCAGGUUGACAUGAAACGACAAGAAGAAGUAACCACGGACAAAUCAACAAAGAUUUCAGUUGGAUCGUUGGGAGACCAAAACCAUUCGUCAACAUCUCCGAUCAGCUUCUGGCUAGCGAGGAGCUAGUCGCGACUACGAGGCCUGUAAAACAUCCAGAAGAAGGACAAACACAACACAGCUCUCCAACACAGAUUCCGUCACAAUUUCUUCUAAACUGCAGUCAGCCAUUUGACUCGUGUUGGUGCUUUGGUCCCUCUGAUAAGCUACUCAGGAUCUGUGUUUUCAGGUUUUUUCUAUUGUACCUGGAAAUGAAGGUAGACGCUGGGAGUGGAAAUAGCACAAUAGUAUAGAAAUCAUUUUGGGCUAAUAGACUGGGUGGCCAGUUUUUACAGUUAAGAAAACUAGACAUAGUUCUCAUCAUGCAUGGAUGAUUAGCAGGUGACACUUCCUGAUCGCGAGUAACAUCAAAGGAAGGAGGAGCUGUACAGUAUCUCACUCGGUUUCAGACAGAAACAACGUUUGGAUGGACUCGGACGUCAUUUGCUCAGAUCCAUCGAAAAACCGUACGAGAAGGAUCAUUGACGUCUGGAUUUAUAAUCUAUUACAAUCCUCUUCAUCUCCUAAAGGUUCUGGUCAUAUGCGACCAAUUUACAACAGCAAGAAAUGAAUUGCUACCUGGAUUAAGCAGGUCAGAGUCUCUCCUGUUCACAGUGAUGCAGUCUGUUGUUCACCUGUAAAGUGCCACGAGUAGUUUCAAAGCCAGCGUACUUUCCCACCUCCGCACGGCUGACCUGACCCCAACCCAGUGUCCGGAGGGUGUGGUGGGAGUUGGUGUCCGAAGCUACCCUCCCAUCCAACAAGCAGCUUGGACGGAGUAUAAAGCCAGCUUAAGUGUCGUUUUAAUAUUUAACCAAAACUACAAGUAUUUCCAGAUCUUUAACCAUGUGUUUCAGUAGCUUGAACCUUGAAACAGGUGGGUCACAAGACGCGAACCCCGGACCCUGGUGUUUAAGUCCUGAGCUCUAUACAUCCAUCCAUCCACGCUGACCACCUUCCUACGAUUUUUGUCCAGUACGAGAGCGCAACACUUCAUCAACUGGAAAAACUUGCUCUGCUAGUGAAUAUAAUCCCCACAAGCAGUUAGGUUUCCCGCAAAACCUCCAAAGUCACAAAUAAACGAAACUUUCAGGGGACGGGUUUGUCAGGGUGCGAGUUUCACCCCCACUCUGUUUAGAUUAUCAGCCCGAUGCUUUGGUUUGGUUGUGCAAGCGUGUCAGAAAUGGCUCAUCUCGGUUUCGUUUCAGUGUCGCUAGUGUCGCUACUAUCACAGAGGACAGACGCAGCGAGCGUCUCACUUCCACAGAGCGCUUACGUAGUUAUUCCUGGAGAGACAGAUGCUUUCACGGAAAAGGCCGCUUGGAUGUCGAUCUCUAGUGUGCAUCGGUUGCCUCUGCACUUGGCUUUUUUGAUAUCCGCUUCCCAAGGCGCGUGACGUGGCUGAGUGUAAAUCGGUCGCGUAUUAGUGGAGAUCCACCAUAAAACAAAUAUGGCCGCAGUGAUUUCCAAAUGCUAAUGGGACCCAAACAGAAGCAGUAACAUCAUCAGAAGACAAUCGCUAAGCAAAACAAAAAACCUAGUUUUAAAAGAUGAGGGUGUGAACACACGCCCACGCUAUUUUCCGUCAGAGUUCGAGCAGUUUUGAUUAUUUCACGUAAGGAACUUUGGUUAGCGUUGUUUUUUCCGAGCUCUUCUCACUUGUUUGAAGGGCGCAGGACGCGCAUUUCCAUCCACCAGUCAAACUUUGAGCAAUAUUUGAUUCAGGGUCUGAUGGCUAAUGUCAAUCAAAUGUGAUUAAACCACACUCACGCGGUUCUGAUGAAGCAGAUAAGCUCCGUUUUUUCGUGUGUUUCAUGCUUAAUUAAUAAUGAGUGUUGAUGUUUUUUUUUUCCAAACUUACUUUAAUUGUUGCUUAUUUAGCCGUAAACAUUUAAUGUAAAAGAAGAAAAAAGUGGUUUUCAGGGGCUUCGAGAUGCUUUCAAGAAACAAACGCUGGUGUUGUCGAAGAAAAAAGGACGAAACCUUCAGUAAUGUACAAGAACUAAAACUUCAGGCAGGUAGCAACCGGAGCAUGUGGAACUUAUGAUAAAAAUCCUUCUUUUUUACGUGUUCAAACAGUCUAGUUGGAACAACUCUUUUUGCAUUGAACUUUAAUGUAGGACACGUACAUGUUGUGAUGGAGUCUGUUCAUUUCAAUUUGUGUUUGCUGAUGGAAAAAAAAAAAAAAAAAAA